AGCGGUGCCCAACCUACGGCCCGCGGGCCGGAUCCGGCCCGCGAAGAAGCUCAAUCCGGCCCGCGAGCUCCUAGUCGUAUAUUCGUAAAUUAUUGCCCAAAUACCGCGUAUUUUUUAAAUUUAUUAAAGUAUUUUCUGUGAAUUUUAUUAAUUACAAUAUUUCUGAUAUUGUUAUAUGUAUUUUGAUUGAAUAAUUUGUAUUUGUACAUGACAUCGGCAUGACACAUCAUGCCGAUGUCGACUAGUGCUGCCGCGAGUGGCCGAUAGUUAUAAAUUCAAUUUUGUAAAAAUUUUGUAAUAUUGAAUAUUUUUACCCCAAAUAAUGUCGACGAAAAAGCGUAAAGUGGAUAGUGAGUGCCGCGUUUUUCAAAAGAAAUGGACAAACAUGUACUUUUUUGUGGCGCAAGGGGAAAAAUGCUUAUGCCUUAUUUGCAAGGAAAGUUUAUCUGUAUUUAAAGAACAUAACAUCAAACGACAUUACGAUUCCAAACAUAAGCAGACAUAUGACAAAUACGUCGGUGUGUGCCGCGAAAAUGAAAUUACAAAUUUACAAAGUGAAAUUGGCGGAUUAACCAAACUAUUUAACAACGCAAAAAAUAUUAAUGAGUCGAUUGUGCGAGCUAGCUAUCGAGUAGGUCAAAUAAUAGGCAAAGAAGUUCAUCCAUUUUCAGAUGGGGAAUUUGUUAAAAGGUGCUUAAUGGCGGUAGUGGAAGAAGUGUGCCCGGAAAAAAAAAGUGCAUUCGAAUCUGUGAGUUUAUCACGUAUGACAAUGACACGAAGAAUAGAAGAUUUAGGAAGUGAUCUUAUGGUACAAUUAAAAUCAAAAGCAAGUCAGUUCAAAAUGUUUUCCAUUGCUACAGAUGAAUCUACGGACGUAACUGAUAUUGCGCAAUUGCUUGUAUUCAUUCGUGGAAUAAACAAUAGUUUUGAAGUUACGGAGGAACUUGCUGCAAUGAAAAGCAUUAAAACAACUACUACGGGUGAAGAUUUAUUUAAGGAAGUAUCCGAAAUUUUUGAUGAUCUUAACCUUGACUGGAAUAAAUUAACGGCCAUAACUACAGAUGGCGCUCCAUCUAUGGUUGGUCGGCACAAUGGGCUAGUAGCCAGAUUAAGGAAAAAAGUGCUGGAAUCAAAUGGAUCACCGCCGUUGGAUAUACAUUGUAUCAUUCACCAACAAAAUCUUUGUGGAAAAAUUUUAAAUUUAGAUCAUGUUAUGAAGGUAGUUACUAAAUGCGUAAAUUUAAUAAGAUCAUAUUCUACGAAUCACAGAAUAUUCAAAGAAUUUCUUUUACAAAUUGAAGCCGAAUAUGGUGAUGUGGUUUAUCAUAGCGAAAUCCGCUGGCUGAGCCGCGGUAGGGUACUACAGAGAUUUUUUGAUUUGAGACAUGAAAUUAAUAUAUUCUUUAUUGAAAAAUCAACUCAGCUCCACGAACUAAGUAACCCUGUGUGGCUGUGGGAUUUAGCUAUACUCUGUGAUUUAACUGCGUAUGUAAAUGAACUUAAUCUCAAAUUGCAAUGCAAAGACAAACUUAUUUCCCAUGUAUAUGCUGAUUUAUGUGCGUUUCAAACAAAAUUAAAGCUUUUCAUACAGCAAACGGAAAAAGGACAGUUGACGCACUUUCCGACUUGCACUGCUUUACGUAAAGAAAGGAAAAAUGAUCAUUUUCCAAGUGAAAAAAUUACCAAGAUGCUGCAAUUACUCAGCAAAAGUUUCGAAGAUAGAUUUGCAGAUUUUCACCGGAUUAAAAAUGAAAUACACUUGUUUGAAAAUCCUUUUACAGUGGAUGUUUCUACAGCGCCAGGUGAUUUGCAAUUAGAAUUAAUUGAAUUGCAAUGCCGAACACCAUUACAGGAUCUUUUUCGCGAGAAGUCCUUAAUAGAUUUUUAUGCAGCGUUAGAUUCUUAUCCGAAUUUGAGAAACCUUGGAAUGAAAAUGACAACGGCGUUUGCAAGCACGUACAUUUGUGAACAAACAUUUUCAACUUUAAAAAGAGCCAAACCAGCGUCUCGCGCUCGACUUUCAGAUGAUCACCUUCAUUCCAUAUUAAGGAUGAACGUCACUCAACUUGAACCAAAUAUUAAAAAAUUAGUUUCUGAAAAACAACAUCAGACUUCACAUUAAUAAAUCGUGAGUACAGAUUUUGUUCUUUUGAAAUUUUAACCUUUUAUGAUUUACAUUAAAUUCUAAAAAUAAAUUAAAAAACGCAAAAUUUUCAUAAAAUUUAUAAAUAUUUAAAAAAAAAUGAUUCACCACAAACAUAUUCGUGAAUUCAUUUAAAAUGUUGAAUUUUUUUCAAAGAUGUUACUAAGAUAUGUAAUUAUAAAGAAUCCGGCCCGCGAAAUCGUAUGUCAUGAUGAAUCCGGCCCACGGACAAAAAAAGAUUGGGCAACCCUGACUUA